ACAUUGGCUCUGAACGAGUCCAGAAAGAAGUAAAUCAAGUUGCUGCAUAGUGAGUCAUUGGCUCAGCUUGAAAGUGCUUUCAUGACUUGACACUGGGCCCACAUUUACCCUUCACUCCCUGCAACCAAGCAAUCUGCAGCUGAGCGAUGGGCCAAAAAAUCUCAGGGAGUAUAAAGUCUGUGGAUGUUCGGGAUCCCCCAUAUAGACCAGUUAAACGAGAAUUGAGGGGGCCAGAUUUCUGCAAGCCUGCACGAUUGGAUAUGUUACUGGAUAUGCCCCCAGCCCACUUGGAGGUCCAAUUCAAACAUGCUUGGAACAACGAAGAUCGAUCCUUAAAUAUAUUUGUGAAGGAAGAUGACAGACUAACCUUUCAUAGACACCCGGUUGCUCAAAGCACAGAUUGCAUCAGGGGAAAAGUUGGCUAUACAAGGGGACUCCAUGUCUGGCAAAUUCACUGGCCCACUAGGCAACGAGGAACACAUGCAGUAGUUGGGGUCUCAACAGCAGAAGCCCCUUUGCAUUCUGUAGGAUAUACAUCAUUGGUUGGUAGCAAUAAUGAAUCAUGGGGCUGGGACCUUGGACGGAACAAACUUUACCACAACUGCAAAAACCAGCCUGGAGUGACCUAUCCUGUGUUUUUGGAACCAGAUGAGUCUUUUGUACUUCCAGACUCCUUAUUGGUGGUUUUGGAUAUGGAUGAAGGAACCCUUAGCUUCAUCGUGGAUGGACAGUAUCUUGGAGUGGCCUUCAGGGGCUUAAAAGGGAAAAAACUGUAUCCUAUAGUCAGUGCGGUAUGGGGGCACUGUGAAAUUACAAUGAGAUAUGUCAACGGGCUUGAUCCUGAACCUCUACCUUUAAUGGAUCUGUGUCGAAGAUCAAUUCGCUUUGCUCUGGGACGAGAACGCCUGCAUGAUAUAGAAACUCUACCUUUGCCUCAGUCUUUGAAAAAUUAUUUACAAUAUCAGUAAUAUGAUUCUAGAGCUCUAAAUGGUAGAAAUUGUUUACAUCAGAAUAUAAAUCUUCAUGGUGGAUAUUUUGAGUGUUAUUUAAUUAUUUUUUACAUUUUUAAAAAAUAAACCAUAGCAAAGGAUUAUGGAGACUACUAAGAAAUGUGAAAAUGUUGAAUUUAUUUAGUUCUUUCAGUAGAAUAAUUGUUGCCUUUACUGUUACACAGCCUCGUUAUGCAGAAUCCAAAGCUUGUUUUCACAGGUAAGAGCCAAAUGUGAUAUGUGUGUUAGGUUAGACCUAAUGUUGGAUGUGUGCCUGAUGUGCAAGAGAUGCAAAUACAACUCCCCAAACCAGUGUUCAUAAAAGAAGAAUAUUUUAUAUAGAUCAGAGUAUCAGCAUGUGAAAGAAAUAAUCCCCGUUUGAUGUUUUUCAAAAUUCUGGAACUUAAUAUGCCAAAUAAUUAGGGUUCUUACAAUAUCAAUUAUGAUGCAAAAUCCUUAGUCAUGCAAUGUGUUCAUUCUCAUUUUGGAAGGAAAAUGUUCCAGGAAACACAUCACAUCUAGUGUGCACCAUAGGAAGACAUUGGGGAUCUUUGUGCACAUGGGACAUACAAGUCUCAUUGGUACUGCAAGAUUGUGGCCUCUUACUUUUAGGUGCUCAGAUGUUUCAGAAAAUAAUUUUCUUGGUAUAAUAUAUAACCUGCCAUAUUUUAACUUACUUUAUUGAACAAGAUAGUUGAUCUUGUUUUCCAAAACAACUCAGCUCACUCUACAAAUUAGUUAAAUUAGUUGACUUUCUUAAAUUGUUUUUGGUUUUAUUUCUUCAAUAGAAUGAAAUUUAGUCAAUUAGUCUUUUCCAGCUUAACCAGUUUUUGUUCAGGUAUUCUGAUUCAGACCUAUAUUGAUUUGUCAAAUAUCAUGCUGCCUUUUUAUUUGUGACCACAUUAUUACUAUUAUUAUUUACUUUUUCAGUUCCAAAUACCAGGUUUCCUGUAAUGUGCCUAUGGCAUAAGAGAGCUUGAAUUAAUCCACUCCAUGCACACAUUGAGAAAUUCCAGAGCUCAAAAGCUAGCCAGGCCCUCUGCCAGAAUCGUGUGCCAGUUUCCCAUGUGAAUAUCCAAGGCCUUGAUGACUGUUCCACAUGUUCAGAUACCCCUAUGCUUGUACUCAUACAUUUGUGCAUAUAUUUAUGUGAAUACCUCAUUCUCUGAAAUUUUUAUCUAUUUCUAACCAUGCCAGAUUGGCAAAACACAUGUUACCAUGGCAUCACAUACAAGUACAUAAAGAGCAGGAUAUAAACUGCAACAUAUUUUAUUGUUUUGCAACUCCCCUCAUAUAAACCCCAUCUAUUCUACCAGAUAUCCCUCAGAGAGGCAACACAUGGUUCCAGAAACAGGAAAACGUAGCCUAUAAAUGUCUUGUUUUAAAACUUGCAAGGGACAAUAAUAUGUAAGUUUAUACAGUUUUGUUUAUCUUGUCACACAUUUAGUAUUACAUUUUGAAUUUCUCUCUCCAGAAUAGAGUGGAUUUUUUUUUUACAUCUUUUUCUCCUUUGCCUAGAAUGUGUGUUCAUUUGUCAGGAUCAACUUAUUUUUAAGGGAACUGCUUUUGUUUGUAAUUUUUUUCUGCUACAUUCACAUUUCUUUGCCUGAUCAUGAUCUAGUUUUUAACUGGAAGUUGUUGUAAUGGCAGGAUAUCAAAUGUUGAUUGAGCUGCGUUCAGCAUAUUUUAAUGUGAAUUCACCGAAGAAUGAAGAUAUUUCUA